UAAGGUAGAGACGGACGGGUAUCACAUGACCUAUUAUAGCACGUGCAUUUUGCGUAAUUAAAAUCGGUUCCGAUUCUUUUUUUACGCAAUCGGUAGACAAGGUAAACAAAGAAAAUGGCAGACGACUGCGACCGCCUUCGUGUUCGCGGUCGGUUUAUUAAGAACGACAGAUUCAAAAAAUCUAAAAGGAUGAACACUUUGAACGAGAGAGAUAAAUUUACUCAAUGGGGAGACCAUGAUUACGGUACGAGGGGAGAAUUGCCAUUAGAACCGACAAUGAUUCAAGAGACACCGGUAUCAGUUGAGAACAUAGCCUCCAAUGUUACUGUUUCAACUGAUAUCGGACACAGUAAAAACAUCUUAUGGAAUGAAGGCAGGAGGGUUGUUGAGUUGGAAGUGCUAGCGGAACAACUCUUCUGCAACAGAUGCAACACCCCACUCUAUCUGAAGGAUAUAGUAGGUGAAAUGAGGUACGGCUUAGGAAGUCUUUUGGAGGUGGUAUGUCAGAUAUGCUCUGGUAUGAAACUGGUAUCUACAGGCAAGCGGAAUGAAAAAGGAGCAUUUGAUAUCAACUCAAAAGUUGCUCUUGCAAUGAUGCACUCUGGAAUGGGUCCUGAUCAUGUUGUGAAUUUUCUCAGCACAUGUAACAUACCCCCACCUGAUCCCAAGACACUGAAAAAGAAGGAGAAAUGUAUAGCAUUGUCACUUAUGGAUGAGGCAUCUGAUUCCUGUAAAACUGCUAGUGCAGAAGAAAAAGCUAUUUCCCCAAGUGAUGAAUUAGAAUGCAGUUUUGAUGCUGGCUGGCAAACAAGAGGCUCUGGUUGGCAAUAUAACAGUAACACAGGACAUUCCAGUCUAGUUGGUGUAAAGACAGGGAAAAUUCUAGACUAUGAUAUAAGAACUAAACUUUGCAGUAUAUGCCAGCAUCAUUUGGGAAGAAAGGAAACAAUUCCAAAUCAUCAAUGCAACAGUAAUUGGCAAGGGUCAAGUAAAGGCAUGGAGCCUGACAUGGCUUUAUCCAUGGUUACAAGGAUGGACGACAGAGGGUGCACAGUUGGCAUUAUUCACGCAGAUAAUGACUCUACAACAACAUCAAGGCUGAAGCAAAAAUUUGAAAAAAUUAAAAAAAGAGACGACAAGAACCAUGUCAAGAAAAAUCUGUCGAAACAACUGUAUGCAGCAGCAAAUAAGUACAGAGAGCUGAAGGGGAAAGGAGUUAUUCCUUACAUACUUAGAUGCUAUAUGUAUGCUAUAAGUUCAAAACAGUCAAAGGAGGAUGAACUUUGUGAAAGAUUAGACAGUAUAGUUCCACACCUCUUUGGAGACCAUUCAGGCUGUUCUGGGGAUUGGUGCACAUAUUCCAAGCAACCAUCAACAUACAGAUAUAAACAUCUCCCAAAAGGUGAACCAUUGACAAAUGAGAACCUGCGUAAGCAGUUAGAGACAGUGACAGAAAAUUACAAGAAAAGAUCAAGCCAUCUUGUAGAUUUAGGCUCAACACAGAGCAAUGAAAACUUCAACAAUAUAGUUGCAAGCAAGGCUCCAAAAAAUAGAUCAUAUGGUGGAACCAGCUCAUUAAAAGCAAGAGUUUCAGCUGCAGUUCUUCAGAAGAAUGAAGGUUAUACCUGGGUUAACAAGGUUAACAAGAAAGCAUUGCUGUCACCAGGCACAAUUUCUGUUAGAGUUGGACAGAGGUUUGACAGAAAGAGACUCUGGCAAAAGAAGAAUAGCUCCUCAGUUCAUUUCAAACGUGACAGAUUUAAAAGAAAGCAUAAGAAAACUUUUCAACAAAUUAAAGCAGCAGUUAUAGAAGGAGAAACAUAUCAACCACAAAUUGAAGAAAAUGUGACGGUACGAGACAUUGAAAAGAUUCCAACUAAAUAUUCUUUGGAAGGCAUAGACGAAUAUGUCGUGUUUGAUUUAGAAACAACUGGGUUAUCAAGAACCUCUGAUAUAACACAAAUAUCAGCAUAUGAUGGGACCAACAUGCUAAAUCUUUAUGUGUCUCCACGACAACCUAUUUCAUCAAAGGCCAGUGAUGUUACCGGCAUUACUUUCUCUUUUGAGAGAAACCAAAUGUAUUGCCAUGGUGUUCCAGUUGAAAGCAUAUGUAUAAGAAAAGCCUUACUUCAACUAAUUGAAAUGAUACAGAAAAAAUCUCGUCCUGUGCUUGUUGGUCAUAACAUCCAUUCAUAUGAUGUACCUGUACUAAGAAAUUUGUUACAAGAGUUUAAUCUGCUGAGUUCUUUUGAUAACCUUAUUUAUGGAUGCAUUGACACUUUGAAAAUUGCAAAACGUGAAAUACCAAAAGCUGAUGUUCAAAAUUAUAAGCAACAAACAUUAGUUCAAAAGUUUCUGGAGAUUGUUUAUGAUGCUCAUAAUUCUGAGGAGGAUGUAAGAAGUUUAUACAAACUGUUCCAUCUUAAACUGAAACAGACAUGUUCUGCAAAGGAUUUAUUUCCGUUUAAUUAUUUGUCAAUUGUAGAGGGUUUUUCUAGUGUCAUUGUUAAAAAAGUUAUUUCAAAAGACACUGCAAGGAAACUUUCCUGCACAGGUCUCAGCCUUCAUCACUUGGAGCUUGCUUACAAAAGAAACAAUGAAGAUGGCGUAAAAUCCAUCAUGCAGGAACAUGGUUUGAAAGGGAAAACGGCAAAUGUGUUCAAGAAGUUUUUUUCUGAAAAAGAGGAAUAGACUGUAUAUGUGGUUAAAGACUGAAAAUUUGAUAUUUAUAUGCUAUAAUUCAGUAGAAAAAUUGGUUCUGCCUAUCUAAAAAUCUAACCCUUUGAAACAACCCUUGCUAAAAGUUGAUUAUGAAUAAAUUGAAGUUUUUACUAAAAUUUGAGUAACCAAAGAGUACUUACACUUCAAAUAUAUAAGAAUUAGGGAUCUGUUAUAAAAUUGCAGCAUCCUUUAGUAAUUACUCUGUAUGUACAUCUGUCACAGUUUCCUAUUUUGUACAAUAACCCAAGUUUGCCUCGACAGAUACGCAACAAUAAGUAUCACAUGACAUAUAAAUAUUUUCCAAUUAGUCAAUAUUGGUGGAUAACUUUCUGAAGCCUGAAGGAUUAUUUCUCUUACAGAUUUUUAUUUUGAUUGACAAAUUUUUCAACAGAUUUUUAUGAACUUUUAUACAAAAGUAGGUGCUUAUUUCACAAUACAAGUCAACUGAAUAUUAAUAAAGGGGAGAUAACUUCACUUCAUUUACAUGAACCAACAUAAGAAGCAUUAGGCUAGGCCAUAAAUCAGAAAUGAGGGGACUCAUAAGGUUGAAUAAAAGUAACAAUAUAGUAAUGUAUCAGUUCCAAAGUUUUACCAUCUUGCCCAUCCCUACCCCACCCCUUUUUCCACAUUUUUCUAAGAUUUGUUGUAGCAAUCUGAUCUAAGGGCAAGACUAUUGCUUUAUAUAAAGUUUUUUUAAUGGAAUAUUUUUCAGAGAUUGCAGUUUUCAUGAAAUUGGACAAACGUUUCAGUGAGUCCCUUGGAAACUGAAUCUGCCCCAUAUUUAUUUUUUAUUUUUGAGAAUAUAUACUUUUGCAAGUUUAAUCCACAUUCUCAUCCUGGAUAUGUAUUGUAAAUUGAUGUUAUAUUAUCAUGCUUCUUAUAUGAUUUGCAUAUUAGGGAAUACUUUGAUAUAAUUGGUCAAGAGGACCUCGGGUAGUUGUUCUUGAAAUUGUUUAUUUUUCAAUAGACGAUGUUGACCGAACUUCUUUUUGUAAUCAAUGAGGCGAUAGUAACACAAUCCGACUCAAUGUUAAAACUAUUUAUUUUCACUUUGCAUUAAUCUUUAAAUUGAAUACAAACACAAAAAAUUCAUUUGAAUGAAAAUAAGACUUUUUGUAGUUUAUUUUUUUAUCAGAUAACAAAUUACACGGAGUACAUAUUUUUGCGUUAACCAACAAAUAAAUUCAUACGCCUGGCCAAUUCAAUGACACACAUAUACUACAUGUAUUGACGUAUGAUGAUGAUUACGAGUGUGGAAAAAUAAUUUUUUUGGUAAAAAAUUAAAGAAUAAUAUGAUUAAACACUUUUUUAAAGGAAUUUAUUGGUGUAUAAACUGGACCAAGUCACUCGCAAAUAUAUUUUCAGAGAUUGUAGUUUUCAUGAAAUUGGACAAAUUAAACGUUUCAGUGAGUCCCUUGGAAACUGAAUCUGCCCCAUAUUUAUUUUUUUGUUUUUGAGAAUAUACACUUUUGCAAGUGUCAUCCACAUUCUCAUUCUGGAUAUUUUUUGUAAAUUGAUGUUAUAUUAUCAUAAUGUUUUGAUAAUUACAGUGGUUUGUUUUAUAUCAUUGAGACAUGGUCCAUCUAGAUAAAAAUCAAUUGGUGUCUGUAAAAUGUCUGCUCUUGAGUUUUGUUUACAUUUAUGAAUGUGGAUGGUAAUUACAUAAAAAAAAAUGAUGUAAAAAUAAAAUUUAUUUUACAUAUA